UUAACUGCGCUGCAUGAAUUCUGUGUUUGGACGCCGGGGGAAGGAAGGCAGAGCGUCUCCGCCACCAUAGACAUAUAUAUAUCUAUAUGUAUAUAUAUAUCUAUAUGUAUAUAUAUAUCUAUAUGUAUACAUGUCUGUGUUCGCCACAUCCCUGUGAACGCUGCGUUCAUUCACAUCACCGCAGCCGCCAUGCUGACGUGUGAAAUCUGUGGUGAGGAGAUGUUGCUAGAGGAGGACAUGAAGACACAUCUCCUUCUCAGUCACCUGGAAAAUGACAUGUGCUGCCCACUCUGUUGCUUGUCUGGGGUUUCCUUCGAUGAACUCUGUUUCCACAUCACAUCUGCACAUCCAGAGGAACGUCACCGAGAACAGGCUCACCGUACAUCCAGGACAGAGCGCUCCGCAACACACUCUGCUGCAGGAGCGAGCAAGAGUUCCCAGGCCUGUCAGUCAGGCUCAGCUGGACACAGCUGUGAUGGAAUACACAGCUGUGUCAGUGUCCCAACAGACUCAGUGCAGCCUAGACACAAAACCACGCCAGGUGGUGCAUACUCAUCUCCUGGGAAGCCAGCAUCUAUCACUUCAAUUUUGGAAACACAGAAGUCGGUCGAAUCUGACGAGAAUGCAGUCAAACUGAAGGAGCUGCCUCUUUCAAGAAAAGAGAGGCUUUUCUCUUGCCCUAUGUGCAACCUGGUCUGCAGUAGCAGCUUCGUCCUGCAGGAGCAUGUAGAGUUGCAUCUGCAGGAUCAGUGCUCAGCUGAAGAAGCAAGGAGAUUUGAGUGCCCCGUGUGCUCUGUGGUUUGCAGUGACAGCUUUUCUCUUCAAGAACACGUAGAACUACAUUUAGACCAAAGGGCAGCUGUGAGCGGUGCAGGAAGCCCUGCCUUAGACCUGAAGCUGGCCAAACAGCUUCAGCAGGAGGAGGAGCACAGGAGGAGGCAGGAAGAGGCCCUGCGGGAGAGGCAAGAGUUCAAGAAGCUGCAGAGGCAGUUUGGUUUGGAUGGCAGAGGGGGCUACCGCAGACAGAUGGAGAUGAGCAUGGAGAGGGCUGUGACCAGUGGCAUUCUGGCUCCUGUAGAGUUCCACAGGAAGAGGGCUGAAAUGAUGGAGUCUCUGGCUUCUGGCAUUGAUGAUGGCAGAACCAGAACUCAGGGUGUGAUCGGGGCAUUAUGUAACUACUAUCAGACCGAAGGCAGAGAUGUGGCUCACGUGUGGCUGAGCGCUGACACCGAUCACUACUGCUCCUCAGCGGGGGAUAAAGGCUGGGGCUGUGGAUACAGGAACUUCCAGAUGCUGUUCUCCGCUCUGCACAGAAUAGACUCGUAUUCUUGCUCCCUACAAGAGAGGCUAGUGCCUAGUAUCCCUCAGCUGCAGAGUCUGAUUGAGGAGGCUUGGAAAGAAGGACUAGAUCCACAAGGUGCAUCUCACUUCAACCAGCAGCUUCAGGGAACACGAGCCUGGAUCGGCGCCACAGAGAUCUACGCCCUCCGCACGUCCCUGGGAAUCAGUGCCAGCAUCAUUGACUUCCACAUGCCAACGGGCCCUGGUGAUACCCACCCCCAGCUGUUUGACUGGGUAAAGCAGUACUUCAGUCAGUCCAGCAGGGGCAGCAGACUUCCAUCUCGACUCAUCCAGACCACCCUGCCCCCACUUUACCUGCAGCACGAAGGUCAUAGUCGCUCCAUUAUUGGCUUAGAGCAGAAGAACAGUGGAAGCCUGUGCCUCCUGCUGCUGGAUCCCGGUUCCUCACCAUCACACACCAGGAAGCUUCUGAGCAGGGACACCGUCUCCACAGCCAUCCGCAGCAUCAGGAAGUUCCCCACAAGCUUAAAGCACAAACAGUACCAGGUGGUGGCAGCACAGGGGGUGCUGUCAGCUGCAGAGAAGCAGAUGAGGAUCUUGAACUCCAGGAUAUUGUGUGCUGAAAGGAUCCCAUGAGCAAAAGUGUUCUUUUUCCUAUUUAUUUGAUAUCUUUGUGCCUCCAGUAGUGCAGGGGUUAACACCCCCUCCUCUGGAGUUGUAAAGCAAACAUGUGGUGCUGCCUGCUGUGGUGACCUUUGUGCCCGGGGAGCUGCCAAAAGUGGCUUCUUAUUUUUUUGAGGUCUUUCUUCUGGAACUAUUGUUUAUUAAUUUGUGAAUAAAUGUUUUCAG